UGGUUCCUAUAGAAUGAUGAAGGAAGUUGCAUCUUUGCUGUGAGGAAGCGAUGCAGCGAGCGUGUUUCACGCUGCUCUUCUUUAGCCUGUGCUGUUACUGGCUCCCGGGACAAGGGCGUGAAGACGCCGAGUACGUGACAUGCGGUUCGGUGGUGAAACUCCUCAACACGCGACAUAAUGUGCGGUUGCAUUCCCACGACGUGAAAUAUGGAUCAGGAAGUGGCCAACAGUCUGUCACUGGUGUGGAAACCUCAGAUGAUGGCAACAGUUAUUGGAGAAUAAGGGGGAAGACUGAUAAUGACUGUCCACGUGGGGAGCCAAUUAAAUGUGGCCAAGCCAUCCGCCUUACUCAUGUGAAUACAGGAAAGAACCUGCAUACACAUCACUUCUCCUCCCCUCUGUCCAACAACCAGGAAGUAAGUGCCUUUGGGGAUAAUGGAGAAGGAGAUGAUCUAGAUGCUUGGACUGUGCAGUGCAGUGAUACUGUCUGGGAACGUGAAGAUGCAGUGCGCUUCAAACAUAUUGGAACAAAUGCAUACCUGACUAUCACGGGUGAGCAGUACAGUCACCCAAUUCGAGGGCAGCGAGAAGUCCAUGGCAUGACCAGUGCCAAUGCUCACAAUUACUGGAAAGUAAUGGAAGGAGUAUUUAUCAAGCCCAGUACCCCACCAGGUUCAGGCAGACAUGAUGAAUUAUGAGAGACUGUGCCGAACCAAGUUGUGAAAUAAAACAGUGAGGGCCCGAUGUGUCAAGAAUUUUUAAUGCACAAGUCUCCACAUGUAAAAGAUCCACUUGCGAAAAGGAUGAGCACUACGUAACAUGUUCUGUGGGCUCAGAAAGCUUUGCUUAUCAGUGACUGCGUGUGUGCCAUCUGAAAGAAUUUCCCCCCCCCAACCCUUUUUUGUUUUAAACCUGCAUAGUAAGUUUGCUAUAUAUAUUACCACUUCAACUUCUUUUUUAACUUUGUACAAAUACCAAGUCCAUUUCUAAGCACACACAUUAGAAAACUAUACCUUUUUAUACAGUUGAUUGUGCUUCUCCAAAAGAAAAUGUACCCUGUGUUUUACUGUUAUAAAUUGUGCAAAUGGGACAUCUCAGAGCAGAUGUUACAGUAAUUUAUUUUGUGAGUGAAGGCUUUGGUCGUUCAGGUGCCUCCACAUUGUAUAGCGUGUCUAGGUAAUCUUGUUUUAUUACUAGAGAGGGAAAACAUCCAUUAGAUGUGUCCUCCUGCAACAUUACAGGUAAGGUAAACAAGGGUGACUUUUUAUUCCCUUUCAAAAUUGGGAAGACAUGAAAGAAUUACAUCAACAAUCACUGCUUUAAGAAAAUGCUGUGGGAGGGCUGACACUGACUUAUUUAUACAUUACUGUAACAGAUCGUGUCAGUUGUGCAAGAGAGUAAACAUUGGUUUAGUUUUCCAAUGCAGUGUCUCCCCAUGGAGAUGGAAAUAUGAAGUAUUUUGAGUUUUAUUUUAAUUUUUUGCUUUGUUACAAUUGGUGGAAGCUUAUUAGAGAAAACCCAUAUUCUUUUCCAAAUGUGGAGCAGCAUAUCUAGUCAGUCCUGGUAACUUUUAUUGUCUGUAAUGCAAUGCUUGCUACAGAGUUAAAUACAUUGUGUGCCCCCCAACAAGGGCGUUCUAUUAGCAGCUGCAGAAGAGUAAGAUCGGUUACUUGAACAUCAGUGCUGAGUUUGGAGGCUAAAUCAGACAGUAGCCAACAACUUUAAGAGUACAGCUGUACCUUAAUUUUCAAUAAAACUUACACUGAAAA